AUGUCGCAACUGCCCAACGGGCUCAUCACCUUUGGCCCCUUGGCCAACUGCACACUCGAUCUCUGUCCUCUCGAGGCCAGUCUCUUGCGAUAUCGGCCCAGCAUCCCCGCCACCGCCGUCUUCAUCGCCAUCUUUGGACUGUCAAUGCUUGUCCACGCCUUUCAGGGUUACAAGUUCAAGACCUGGGGCUUCAUGUCGAGCAUGAUAGCUGGAUGCAUUCUCGAGAUCAUUGGUUACGCCGGGCGUCUCAUCAUCUACAACAACCCCUUCGACUUUAAUGGGUUCUUGAUGCAGAUCAUUUGCAUCACUGUAGCACCCGUUUUCUUUUCCGCCGCCAUUUAUGUUCUCCUGUCGCAAGUCAUCAACUUCGUUGAUCCAUCUGUCUCGCGAUUCCCAGCAGCUUACUUCUACUGGGUCUUUAUCCCCUCUGAUAUCAUCUCACUCGUCCUGCAAGCGGUGGGCGGUGCCUUAUCUUCCACUGGUGCAGACAGAGCUGCCGUCAAGGUUGGCGAGCACAUCUCCCUUGCCGGCCUCAUCUUCCAGGUCGUCACUCUCAUCUGCUUCUGCACUCUCUUCGCCGACUACGUCGCUAGGGCUGCUCGCUCGCCCUCCAAGUACCGACUUAACAAGUCCAUGAGGACUUUCCUCUUCUUCCUCUUCCUCUCCACCGUCUUCAUCCUCAUCCGAUGCGCCUACCGUAUUGCCGAGUUGGGCCAGGGUUAUUUCAGUGCCCUCUUCCGAGACGAGGGCCUCUUCAUCGGCCUCGAAUCUUGCAUGAUGUGCGUUGCUGUUCUCCUUCUGAACGCUGGCCACCCUGGAUACGCCUUUGACCACGGGGAAGCAGCCGUCCAUGAGAAGGACCCCCCCUUCGAGUCACUGGCAAACGAGACCAACGAGGAUAUGUCUAUGUCAAGCCUCGACCCUGCCCAAAGGAACCAAAGCUGAAGGAACCUUGAUUGUUCGACGACCCCGACCACUCGAGGUCAAUGGUGAAAAGUACGACUCCGUACAGACUGUUUCAUUUGAAAGAUAGCGUUGGAAUAUUGGUUUCCCAGAAUCCCAGACGUCGCUUAUCAGCACGUCGUUGGAUCCUGUCAAGGCGUUGUGGCGUUCUUUGGCAAUGUCCGAUACGUAAAAGGGCAUAUACUCGCACUCGCAAGCAUCCGUAGGUAGAUUGGUAUAUAGAUCUCAUUAUUCUCGCCAAUACCAUGUCCUACCCC